ACUCAUUUUGAUAAGAUAAAAAUGGUAUAUAUUGAAGAAAUAUAUCGCCAAACCUGAUUCAGUCUCUAAUCAUAAGUUUCAGAACAAAGAUGGUUCACAAACUCGUUACUUUCAUCAUUCUUGGUGCGUUUGCUGGUAAUACCUUGGCAAAUGAGUGUACCACUGCAGGUAUUGUCGAUGGAUUUCUUCCUCACCCAACCGAGUGCUCAAUGUACAUCAGCUGCUAUGGAGGUCAGGCUUACGAAGUAACCUGUCCAACAGGAUACAACUUUAAUCCAGAUCUGCUGAAGUGCGAUCCCAAAUAUGUGUGUCUUGAGGUGGAUUGUCCUCCAACCGGAGUAAUUGUACUGCCGGUGAAUGGUUCGUGUACGGACUUUGUCUGGUGUAUCGGCGGUACACCAUUCCCUGAAACAUGCGAAGAUGGUUUGAGUUUUGAUCCGGUAACUUUAAAGUGCAUUCCUGCUUCCGAAGCUGAUUGUGUCGAAAAUCAGUGUGAUCCCGCCAUUCCACCACCGCAGUUUUUCGUGGACCCAUUUGAUUGUACUUUAUUCUAUAUCUGUGAUGAAAAUUUCCUACCUGUACAAUUCCAAUGUGCAAAUGGAACUGUUUUUGAUGAAUCGGUGAAUGAUUGCAUUAUAGGAGACACUUGUCCGGUAAGUUAA